AUGUGGCCCCCAGACCCGGACCCCGACCCGGACCCCGAGCCCGCUGGCCGCUCCCAGCCCGGCGCGGCCGUCCCCGGGCUUCGCGCCCUCCUCUGCUCGCUCAAAGGCCGCCUCCUGCUGGCGGAGUCGGGUCUCUCCUUCAUAACCUUUGUCUGCUAUGUGGCGUCCUCAGCAUCUGCCUUCCUCACCGCGCCCCUGCUGGAGUUCCUGCUGGCCCUCUUCUUCCUCUUCGCUGAUGCCAUGCAGUUGAAUGACAAGUGGCAGGGCUUGUGCUGGCCCAUGAUGGACUUCCUACGCUGUGUCACAGCGGCCCUCAUCUACUUUGCCAUCUCCAUCACAGCUGUUGCCAAAUACUCAGAUGGGGCUUCCAAAGCAGCUGGGGUGUUUGGCUUCUUUGCCACCAUCGUGUUUGCAAUUGACUUCUACUUGAUCUUUAAUGACGUGGCCAAAUUCCUCAAACAAGGGGGCUCUGCAGACGAGACCACAGCCAACAAGGAGGAAGAGGAGAAUUCCGACUCUGACUCCGACUGAAGGGCUGCCCUGCCCUGGCAACCCGAGCCACAAGGUCUUCACUCCUGCACUUCUGACCAGCUGGCCAGAGCGUGGCCUGGGGACCAGCUGUGUUGGGAGGAAGGCUGUGACUUCUCCAGAGGAGUGAGCCUCCUCAUAGCCCCAAGGUGAUGUCUCUGAGCCCAGCACACAAGACAGUGCCCCUUGGCUUAGCACAUCUAACCACUCUGCAGAGGAGGGCAUCAUGAAUAUUCCGCCACUUCUCAUUUCUGUUCCAAAGACCUUAAGCCCUUUAACCUCUCUGUCAAAAAUAAGCACAAAGGGACAAAGCAGAUAGAGCCUUGUUAUCCUCAUCACAGGAAUAUUUCAUGCUAAGGUAGGGGUAAUGGGAUGACAGACAAGUAAGACAAACCUCCUAGGGGCCAACUGCCAACCCCCCAGCAACAUUUGUCUGCAUUUGCUGCCCGGCUCAUGCCAGGCACUUUGUUGAGAAUGAGCUUUCCAAGAUUCUUUGGUUCAAGGAGCAUCACUUCCUUCAUUCUUUAAGCAAGGAGGAAACUGACCGUUACCUUUUCUCAGUGUCCUUAACUGACACCUCACACCCUUGGAAACCAUGUCUUCUACAGGUGUCAUGACUAUUCUGGGUCUAAGACCAUUUCAAAGAAAAGCUCAUAAAGUGGCUUACCAGGUCCAAAAGAUUAAGGGUACCAAAUGAUGAAGUAGCAGGGACAGUGUCCUGGGUAGCUGGGCAGGCCCAGCCAAAGCCCCUUUCCCUGGGGAUCCACCAGCAGGCAACAGGCUCUGUGGUGCUCAGGACGACGUGCUCUAGACCCCAGAGCAGGUCUCCUGAUCACCUUGUGAGAGGUGAAACGUGCCUUUGUGUUUACCUAAGGACCUAUGUUGUGUAUGUAUCUUCAGUGGGAUUUUGUAACUUUAUAUAACUUUUUUACACAAAAGCAGCUUCUUAAAUAGCAUUUCCUGUGACCCAAAUGGCCUUGUGAAAUGAGCCAGAGUUCUGGACCCAUGUGGGGGAAUUUGUAACUUGUCCUUCUCUUGCAUGUGAAUCUCCUACCCUGAAAAAAAACAUCCAAAAUGAAUUAAACCAGACUGACUACCUGC